GGUGCCACACCAAGUUUCACAGAUCCUGGGCGUGAUGGCGGAGAUCAAGACCAACCCGAUGAGGGACCUGAAGGUCGACAAGCUGGUGCUUAACUGCUCCGUCGGAGAGUCGGGUGACAGGCUGACCCGCGCAGCAAAGGUGUUGGAGCAACUCACGGGCCAGUCGCCCGUCUACUCCAAGGCACGCUACACGGUUCGUUCGUUCGGAAUUCGGCGUAACGAGAAGAUCGCGUGCCACGUGACGGUCCGCGGCGAUAAGGCGUUGGAGAUCCUUGAGCGAGGGCUUAAGGUGAAGGAGUACGAGCUCAAGCGUAAGAACUUCUCCAACACCGGCAGCUUUGGCUUUGGUAUCCAGGAACACAUCGACCUCGGACUGAAGUACGACCCAUCCACCGGUAUCUACGGAAUGGACUUUUUCGUAGUGCUCAACCGGCCGGGGUACCGCGUGGCGAAGCGCAAGGCGAAGUGCGCCAAGAUCGGUUAUCAGCACAAGGUUACCAAGACUGACGCCGUCAAGUGGUUCCAGGCGAAGUUCGAGGGUAUCGUGACGGGCUGAGCCAAGUCAAGUUGUCCUACAUCGACAUCUACAUAGCGCUGUAGCUGUUUUUGCGUGAACGGCCGAGCAAGCCACAGGAUCUGUUGAAACGUUGGAAUAAAAAAUAAAACAAACAAAACUGACCGGAGCGCUUAUGGAUGAAUGUUGUCUUACGAUACCUACCACCAGCAUUUCGACCGCGCAUUUUCAAGCGGAACCCUUGCCUCGAAUGUGCGAAUAAGUGUUGAUCUGUUCCAUACCCAUCAAACCUGAAUCAUGGAUACGACCGGUUUGCUCUCGAAACGGUUGAAGCUGAAGUCUGCUCACGAUGCACGACGUUUUGUUUGGCUUACAACUUUCGACAAGUUUCAAAAUCAAAGCACUGAUGAUAGGGUUGGGGACUGGCACGUAGCGCCACUACAAGGAAAAUUGGCUGUGAUACGUAGCCAUUUCACUGGACGUGAUCAGUGCACUGGCCACUCGGCUUCACCGCGUGAUCGCGGCGCAGCCGCGCCACCGGCGCUCCCCCUGGCUGGUGAGGGGGGCCCGUCGGGUCGGAGGCGCGUUUUUUCGCGAUUAGGCUUCACUA